UUGUUUGUUUGCAGAUACCCAAAUGAAGCAAAUUACAGAAAGAGUCCAUCAUAGUACAGAAAACAUUCAGAAUGAUCCCAGCUACCUAAAGUCGAAACGAAAAAUAUAAGUCUCCAAGAUGACGUUUUCCAGCAGAAUAUGCAGAAGGAUUACUCCCAAGGGCUUCGCCAUAACUGCUGUGGGACUCACCAUCGUCCUCUGUGUGUAUUACACGAACUACGUGUCUGAUGUCAACCAGAGGGGUAACCAAUCUCAGAGAAACGACAUUCUGGAUGUGGGCCAGUCACGCAGGCACUUUCGCAGCAGUUUCAGAGAACAGGCGGCCAGAUUGGUUAUGGAAAAAAAGGAUCUGGAAAUUUGCCCGAAAUUGACGGCCGCCGAGGCUGAUGUCAAUACCAAUGAUGUGUUCAAGGAUUUUGAGUUCCAACCUUCUUGGAUGAAAAGCAAAGAAUACUGGGACAAAGUCUUCGAGGAUCGCUAUGAACGACAGAAAAUGGACCCAGAAAAACCACACUUGAAGGUUAUCAUCGUCCCUCAUUCGCACAACGACCCUGGCUGGCUGAAGACAUUCGAACAUUACUUCCACUACUCCUCCAGGCAGAUCAUGAACAACAUGGUGGCGAAGUUGCAGCAGUACAAAAAUCUCACUUUCAUCUGGUCAGAAGUGUCGUUCCUGAAUGCUUGGUGGGAGGAAGCUCACCCCAGCAAACAAAGGGCUCUGAGGGACUUGGUGCAGUCUGGAAGGCUGGAGAUAACUACCGGUGGCUGGGUGAUGACAGACGAGGCAAACGUACACUUGUAUGCAAUGGUUGAUCAGCUGAUUGAAGCUAUUAACGCUCAAGCUGCUGCCUUCGAACCAACUGUAGCACUAAGUAGCUUGCCCAUCAACCAGCCCCACCCCAUUGAAAAUAUCAGGGUGGUCCAGACACGGUUUGGGGAGGCUAUUGUGGUGGAACUCGAGGCAUCUAGCGUUUUUCUGCCAAGGAGGGUAGUUGGCAUCUUCAAGCCUCAGCUUCCGGCUUUCACCCCAGGCAAAUACAGCCUGAUUCACAAGAGGAGUGACACCGGACCCUCUUUGAGAUUACUGAAAAUUAGUGGUGAGUAA